GACAUCCCCGACUACUCGCUGACUUCUGCGCUCGCCUUUUCUAUUCCUACAGUCACGUGUGCGUGACGUCACCUGAGGCUCCUUAGCGACUUGGAAAUUGGAAUUAUCAGCGACGAGAAGUAACGGGAAUAAGUGAGUAAGGUUCUCGUUCCUCAUGGAUCCGGCCCUGUGCUCGGAGCUUCUCUCUUUCCUGAAGCCGGAGACCCGUGCGGAUGUUCGAGCGCAGGCGUUAGAGUACAUUCUGGGUGUAAGUGGGACCCCUGAGGGGAGACAGAGCUUGUGCGCUGAACCCCGACUUCUGCAGGUUGUUCUGGAUUUAACGACGGAGCAGUCGGCCCACGUUGCCCAGGAUGCCCACCAUGUUCUGGUUAAUCUGACGUCCGACCCCACGACCCACAAAUCUCUCCUGGGUCACGUCCCCACCCUCCUCCCCUCAUUACUGACCCUCCUGCAGGAUCCCACCUGCCCCUUCUCUGACUCCACCUGCACCGCCCUCUGCAACCUGAGCCGUGAGGAGGAAAGCUGUCAAUCAUUCCUGCAGACUCUCAAACAGGAGGGACUGUGCCAACUGCUGCACAUGUUGUGUACCCCCAAGUACAAUGGUCACGCCUCCCUCGAUUAUCUGGGACCCCUUGUCUGUAACCUGACUCAGCUCCCGGAGGGCAGAGACUUCAUACUGGAUAGAGACAGGUGUGUGAUCCAGCGACUGCUCCCGUAUGUCACGGCCGGAUCUACUGUGAGGAAAGGGGGGAUUGUGGGAACUCUGCGCAACUGCUGCUUUAACCACCGAGACCACGAGUGGCUACUUAGUGACCAGGUGGAUUUGCUGCCCUUCCUGCUCUUGCCACUGGCCGGGGGCGAAGAAUAUACCGACGAGGAGAUGGAAAGCCUCCCCCCCGACCUGCAGUAUCUGCCCGAGGACAAAGAGCGAGAGAGCGACCCCGACAUCCGCAAGAUGCUCAUUGAGACCGUCCAGCUGUUGUGUGCGACAGCCGGGGGGCGGCGCAUUGUCCGACAGAAGGGGACGUACCUGAUAAUGAGAGAGUUGCACUCGUGGGAGAGAGAGUCGUACGUGAGCAGAGCCUGCGAGAAGCUCAUCCAGGUUCUGAUUGGGGAUGAGCCGGAGGCGGGAUUAGAGAAUCUCAUGGAAGUGACCGUCCCACCCGACCUGGAAGAGACCUUCACUCGAGUCGAUCAGGAAGAUGAAGGGAGUUUGGACCAAUAGCUGCUGGGCAACUUGGGACUAGUAAUAAAGGGUUUGGCCAAUGGUUCUGCUCUUCUGUCCAUUCUCAUUGGCCGGGAUUGACUUAUUAAUGAACAAUAAAUGUGACAGUUGCUUUUAUAAAGGGAAAUUGUAGAAGCAGUUUGUGGGGGAGAGGGGGCGGAGCUUGGGCUGAGAGGCACAUUGGCUACUUGAUACAACGGUAAUAACCCACAGCCAAUUAAUUCCACCCAGGAGGCGGCACAUCCACGGGCAACUGGCCAAACUGGCA